AUGAAGCGUGACUUCGCGCGGGACAGCAAGACCGACCUUAAGAGUAGUUUUGAGUGUUUUCAGGCUACUCUGCUCACACACAGCGUCAAUCGCUCACCAAAGAGUGUGGGGAUCUUUAGUCGCGAGGAAGUCGCGGUAAUUGUGGACUACGUCACGAACUCGUACUAUCGACAUUUCCAGCUCUACAAGUGUAUCUUCACCCCAUACUACCACAUGCACUUCGUGCAGCGCGAGAUCAACGACGUUCAGACACCUGAAGCACCGCGUCCACUCUGCCAGGGAUUUCUGCACACAGCCAAGCCGUUGCCGCCCGGUGAAAUCCUCGAAGAGCACGACACAGAAGAGAACUUAGAGCCACUCAGCGUAGUCGAAUAGCUACCAUGCAAAUCUAUAUAUUCUCGCUCUUCA